AUGAAAUCAAUACUCUUCCUUCUCUCCUCCAUCUCCCUAGCCGCUUCAGCCUGCGCCCAAGGAAAGGACUACUUCUUCCACUAUGUGGCCGGCAACUCUGUGAUUAACGGGCAGCGCCUCCGCGGCAACUUCUCCAUCCCAUAUGUUUCUCCUGGCGUCUCUCACGCACCGUACAACCCAUCCGACCACUUCAACCGCAUCCAUCUGAACACUUCCCUCACAUCAACGGCACCCAAGGUGCUCCUGGUUGUGCCGACCAACCCCCAUCCUCCUCCUGUACCUGGAUACUAUGGCUUGUCCAAUGCGGAAGGUUUUGAUUCGGCCUAUCGGCUGGUGUACUCUUAUCGGCCGGAGGAGGCGGGCAACGGCUUUGUGUACCGGAAUUGGAGGACGAAUGGGAAUUUCCUGAGGUUUGACAUUGGUGGUGCGAGUGAUGAUGGGUAUCGGUGGAUUGCUGUCCGGGAGGUGACACAGGCCGGGAAUGAGAGAUGGGUGCCAUGGUGGGUGAAGCCGACGGUGGCGAACUUUGCGACUUUGGAGGGUUGGGAGUACGAUAUUGCCGAGCUGGAGUUGGUGGAGGCGACGGGGCCGGUGAACUCACUCGCGCCUGGGGGGGUGCAGGAGUAG